UUGCAGUGUGUACCACGUGUCCUCUUCGUCACUUCUUAAAAAAGACGCAGCCGGGACACUUUGGGGCAGCUUGUUGUUGUAGCUCAGUUUGUCGUUUCCAGGAGUAGCAGCGCUCCUCUGCUGCUGUAACAUUUUCCCAUUUUUCUCUGCCGACUCUGCAGACUUAGCUCCACACACAGCUCUAACAGGCCGCUAAACACGGACAGCAACUCUUCCAGCACAGCUAGCAUCAGCUAGCGGGUCCCACAGCACAGCUAGCCUGCUAGUUGCUUAGCAGUUAUGGAGUGGCUGGGUAACGGAGCUUCACUCCACCCCGACGGAGACCCCAGCAGUGACCCGGCUUCAGCGACCGUUUACCCUCACCAGCAGCCGCCAUCGUCGCAUGUUUGUGACUGUGCCAUGGCGUCUCUAUGUCAGAGCCAGCGGCGCUGCGUGAAGGCGUCCAUCGUCUCCAGUUGGAGGCUAGCGGAGGCGCAGGAUCAGUUGUGUUCGUUAGGUGUCCACAGCUCUGAGUCGCUGGAGCAGGAACGUGCUCGGACUCUGGCCUGCCCCAGAGAACUCACACAUACCGAGGAGGAGUGGCGACGGAAAGAAAGCAUGCUGGGUGGUCAGGAACCCAGCCGUAGUCCUGUGCUUGGAGCUGUCGGAAGUUGGGAUGUUUUUGAUAAGAGUAUCAUCAAUGUCCAAACCCAGCCCACAGAAAUGGACCAGGACAAGUGCAAAACAUUUCUCCAAAAGUAUGAACAAGAGCUCAGGCAUUUUGGUAUGUUGCGGAGAUGGGACGACAGUCAGCGGUUCCUUGCAGACAUGCCUCAGCUCAUCUGUGAGGAAACGGCCAACUAUCUAAUUCUGUGGUGCAUGAGACUACAACAGGAAGGGAAAGAAGCAUUGAUGGAGCAGGUGGCGCACCAAGCUGUAGUUAUGCAGUUCAUACUGGAGAUGGCUUCAAAUUCGAAGCAGGAUCCUCGAGGCUGUUUCAGACAGUUCUUCCACAAAGCCAAAGAAGGACAAGAUGUCUACUUAGAAGUCUUCUAUACAGAACUCGAUGCCUUCAAACAGAGAGUAAAAGAAUACACAGUCAAAUGUAGAAGCGAUACAUCCACCAUUGAACAGCAGAAUAUCGGCACAAACCGCAGACUCGAGCCCAAAGAAGCGACUGACUCUUUACCUCCAGUGGUGGAGUAUCCUAUGAAGCGUUGUUUAGAGGCUGGACUUUGGACAAGCACAGGGAGGUGGACAAAGGACGACAACACAGAGACAGACGACAUGCGCAUGAUGGAAACGUCUUAAGGAACGUAGGAUCGGCACCUGCUUUUCUUCCAUCUCCAUCGUCUCGCCGUUUUAGGAACAACACGAGUUUUAAGCCCUCUGAAAGCAGCAGAGCAGCCCGAAACAUUGCCGAGCAGGAAUAAAUGGAGUCACGUUCAGUCUUUUAUGCUGAAAUUUUCAAUGGAGAGGCGGCAGGAAACGCGUUUCUCAGUGCUGCCGUUAGCAUGUGGCUGUGGUUGGGCUGCUGGCGAGGUGGUUCCUGCAGCGUCUUCUGCCAGCUAAAUGCAUGUCGUGCCAUAAAUAUCGUUUUACAGAUGGGAGUUUUUACAUCCUUGAAUCUUGGUGUCUGUUUUUUUUUUUUUAAUUAUUAUUAUUUCUCAUGGAUCAGAGAAACAUCCUCAUUUAAAAAAAAAAAAAUCAGAUUUUAUCCAGAGAACAUAUGGAAUACUAAACCAGUACAGUCUGAUCAGGGGAAAUUUGGGAAGGCUAGUUAGAGGAAUCAUGUUAGGUUUGAGAGGAGCAGAACUGACAGAGCAGUAGCUUGAUAUCUGGAGUUAUAAGCUUUAACUAAAGCUGAGUGUUUUAAAUGUGCAGUAUUGAAAACUCUUCAGGGGGUAAAACGUAAAGCUGUCUGAUCUACAGCUCCAGGAUACAGUAGGUGCUGUAAAAAGAAGGUGGUUCAUUUGCGAUUUUUAAAUCAAGGGUAAGAAACAUGCCUAUAAUAGGGAACUUCUAAGCAUAUUUAGAAGGAAAUAAAUCAGCUUUGUUUGCCUCAGACUUGUCGUAUCAUAUCAUUGAGAAAAACUGGGCAUCGUUUCGCUUCAGUUUAAGCGACAUAAGCCUUCAGUUUUUUAAAAAUUGCUUCACUCCAAGCAAACUUAGUGGCUUUAUGCGACUUUGCAAAGAGCAGUUUGAGUAUGUGUAACCGAAUCAUGCCUGAAUCUCCACCUGUUUUUACCUGGAUUUCUGUUUUCCGCAAGUAAAAUGCUCUUUUCUGAUCA